AUGUUCGGCCGCCGUCGUGCCCCCGCUCCCAUGACCAGCACCAGAACCACCCGUCCCAUGGGCUCCGGCCUCUUCGGCCGCCGUCGCGCUCACCACACCACACCCAUGACGACAACCACACACACCACCCACACCACCCGCCGCCGCGGUUACGGCCGCAAGAGGCACCACGGACAAGGAAUGGUUGCCCCCGCUGCUGCUGCUACCACCAUGGGCACCACAGCCGCCGUUCAUCACCACCAGAAGCGCAAGACGAGCCUCGGUGAUAAGAUCAGCGGGGCGCUGAUGAAGAUCAAGGGGAGCAUUACGGGACGGCCGGGACAGAAGGCUGCGGGGACAAGGAGGAUGCGGGGGACGGAUGGACGGGGGAGGAGGAGACAUUAUUAA